AUGAACCUACCCGCGCAAACACUACCAAGCUUUCAUGCUUCGACCGCCAUCGCCACCAGCUCCACAGCCCGCAACCUUGAUGUUCUGGAGGAUGCCGCACCGUCAGACGAGACCUUCCGUAGCCCGUGGGCACUGAGCGAGAUUGCGGAACUGAAGGCUAGGGCCAGCGAACGCAGUAGUCGCAGCGCACCUGGCACGGACGGCGUCACGCGCUCGUUCAUCCCGAAGAUGGACAACGAGGCCCCGCUCGAACUUUCUCAACCUGUGCAUCGAACUACGAGAUCUCGCCAUCGCUCUAGUUGCGCACCACCACCGCCGUCGUCAUCCUGA